GAUUGCAGAGGAGUUGGAGACGGUUAAGAUCAGUUUCAGACCUUUUAUAAUUUAGUCAACGCUAUAGCAGUUUCAGUUUUAACCGCUUUAGCGUAGAAAAAUAUAAGACAUGAGAAAACUAUUGAUCUUGGUCUGCCUCCUUGCUGUACAUAUGGGGCCUUGCAAGUCAGAUUUAUACAUGCAUUUCCCGCCAGGAUCCAACAAUCGCUUGAAUGGCGCUGGCGAAAAUGUUGCAAACAACAAAAGACUUUUUGAUUCACAGAACAAUGAUAAGUGCGGAUACAAUGUGGGUGACAAAAAUGCUGAUAACCCUGGGGAACCUAUCUAUGAGAACAGACAAGAACCAAUGGAAUUUUAUAUGAGUGGAUGCUCCUCUCAUGCGAAAACUGAAGUAGACAUCAUGUGGACAAAUCAACAUGGAACAGGACCAAAAACUGACGACUGGGUGGAAACACAUGUUAUCUUACAGUUGAUGUGCCAGCCGUUCCCGGGAGGCAAGAUGCCCACUGGUGAUGCGGGUACCGACUACCAAUAUCACACCAUUCGCAACGGUGAAACAAGUGGGUCUCAAACAUUUCCUGACCAAACUCAAGAGUCAAGUUAUAUUUCAAAACAACUGGGACUUCAUGAGCCUUACAAUUACUAUCAGGCUUAUUAUCGCAGACAUAGAAACAAAGGUUUGUUUACCGCUGACCAACAGCUCGCGGGCGAUUUAUCAAUUUACACACGGCAGAACGCGGCAGGUACCAUAAGGGGCCUGGAAGUCCCCGAAGAACGCGAUUACUAUCCAUAUUGGGGGCCAACACCAUGGAAGGACAUUGCUAUCCUUGUAAGCGAAGGAAAGACUGAGGAACUGAUGAAGAAAUACGUCAAUAGCCCUAACUAUGGGCUCAAAUAUAUGUGCAUCAUGCCAAAAGGGCUAAAAGAUCACACUGACUGCCCCCCAGACAACCAAGGUGUUACUGCUAAAAAAUGCGUUGCCAAGUACAUCACCAAGGACAAGUGUAAAGCGGCCAAAGGGACUUGGACAGGAUUCAUCACAAAUUACUUGGAGAAGACUGCUGGAGUAUUAAGCACUUGUAAAAAUGUAGAUGACAUGAAGCUGGCAAAAGGCCUGCCAUACGAAGCGCACAAGAUCUCACAAGGAUGUGAUAACAAGAAACAGUAUGUUCUUCUUCACAGACCUCCUGAAGUGAUCUACGCACCAUCGACUGUCGUCAACCACAACGGAAUUAACAUGGAAGGCAAGUUUUCUUCUUACAAAUGGAACGUCCCUUGCUUUCCAUCUAACACAACACAACGUUGUGUCAUACGGAUAAGAUACAACAUCACAACUGAUGACGCACCAAGGGAAUACAAUGCUUCUCAUAAUUACAAACUCGAAAAUAACCCGACGACAAAAUCGGUUGAUAAGACAAAGCUACAACUAGCUUUGAAUACCGCGCAGGUCGGGAGGACCUUCCAAGACAGAAGUCAUGUGAUCCUCCUUAAACCGCGAAACAUUAUUCAACCAGAACACCAGCAUCGUACCAUUCGAUACAUCGGGGGAAUUGGGAAAAGAGGAAAAAUUGUUCAGACCUAUCCAGCUAUGGAAUAUCGCUUUUUUCCUGAACGCAUCACGGUUACAACAGAGGAAAUUGUGUGCUUCGUCUGGUCUGGUUCAAACAACAAUCCUCAGCACUACGCCGGACAAGGAACAGCUGGUACGGAUCGCACAAACGUGUGUUGGAUUAAGGAAGGGUGCAAAACUCUGGCGCCGAAAUAUUGUUCCAGGCUCCCUCUUGACGUUAUUGACCACGUUGAAGGAUUUAACAGCUACAAUUUGAAUCUUCACCUCAACAGAGGCUGUUUACCCCAUGACCAAACACUGGACUCUCAACUGAACAAUUCCCCGGCCUCAUGCAACCCACCGUGCUUCCGCAUCAAGGAGCCUGGCGAGUACUGUUACAUGAGCACGCGCAAUAACAAUUUCUCCAAUCGUCGUCACAUUGGUCAAAUCACUGUCACCAAACCUCAAUAGUGAUUGAACAUUGCAUGCUGUAACUGAUUUUUUGGUACACUACUUAAUGGUGUUGGUUUUUCAGAUGUUGGGCUUUUUAUGGUAAAAUAAAACGAGGAAUUAGUUCAUACGGUCUAGUUCGCUAGCAAUGGUUGUAUUUCAUUUUAUUAAAGGUGUUGGUGCUUGCAAACAAUUAUCUUAAAACUGUUAAAAAUAAAAUGGGAAAGUAAGAAAUA